AUGUCGAUGGGCGAGACCCCAGGAACGCCCAACUUUGAACUUGUGGCCGACAUCUUAGACUGGCUCUUGCAUCGCUUCGAGCCUGGGAUUCACAUCCCUGAUGACAUCAGUACCGAAACCCACCGGGUGCACUUCAUCAAGUCUGUGGUGGAGAAAGUUGUACUUAAGACGGGCUUGAAGCUCAAUCCCAAGAAGCUCUACGGGGCAGAUGGCUACGCCGUAAAGGAACUCUUGCGCUUGGCCUCCGUGCUCUACGAGGCCCAGAAAAGUGUAGGGGACGUGGCACCCGGUGAGCCAAGGGGCGAAGACUUCGCUCUUAACUCCAAGUUGGCUGAUCUCAAGAGCACUCGGUCCUUGUGUUCCCAGAUUGUCGAAAGCGGAGCCAUGCUAUUCGAGCUCUUACAAAAGGAGCAGGAGGUGCGGCAAGAUAGAGAGAAGGCCUUGACCUUCCUCGAUGGCAUGUCUCGGAAUCUAGGUAGCGAGCGGGAGAGUGAAAUGGUCGAAACUGCUGUGAAGCAGUUGUUGGGGAACCAUGGCCAAAACUUGGAGCAAUUGAAGCAGAUGUCUGACGAGCUGCAACGGGACGAGAAGAGCCUAGAGCAAAAGAUCAAGAAAAAGAAGCAGGAGCUUGAUCGCUGCCGGAAGCGCCUUGGCAGCCUGGCCAGCGUCCGGCCCGCCUUCAUGGACGAGUACGAGCAGUUGGAACAAGAGCUCGAGCGCUUCUACGAGCAGUAUGUGGGGCGCUUUCGGAAUUUGGACUACCUGGAGCACGAAAUUGACGAGCUCAACAAGGAAGAGCAAGAUCGUAUGGAAGAGAAUGACCGCGCACUCAAACGCAUGCAGAAGCGUCUGAGAGAUGAAGAGUGGCGGCUCUUACGGGGUGAAGAGGAUGAGAAAGGCAAGCCACGCAAGCCGAAGAAAAUCCAUGGACAGAAGAGGUGGAUGCCACCAUCUGCUGUGGAUGCUGUGGAUGGCUCGAUGGAGGCGGGCGACGAUGAGGAGUCCUCUCCAGAGUCUGGUAGCAGUGAUCCGCCAAUCAGCGUGGGCUCUGAAGAUAGUGGCCCCUUGGCUGGUGGAGCGGCCCUAGGUGGACUAGGUGACCGCGAGCGUGCUGUGUCUCCUCCGGAGGGAUCCGUGGCGAUUGGCGGUGGCAACAGUGUGUCUGAAGAUGACAUCCUGGACGAGUCUGAGGAAGACGAACUUUCGGACCAGGACCUACAGGCUGGACGGCCGCCGCCGGGCAGUGACUUCGACUUCUGA